GUGAUUCACUUGACAACUCUGGUGAGAAAGGUCGUAAAAUGGGACAAAACUCAAUGUUUCGCUUAACGACAGAAAUUUUGAGCUCAAUUGUGGCUGUAAGUCGAGGACUGUGUGUGUGAGCUGCCAACUCUCUCGCUGUUCAUUCUCUUCAGCCUAAAUAUGUGUGCUUUAAAAAAAAUAUCAUUUUCUUCUGCCUACUUGUACUGCUCUUGUGCAUAUCUGUAUUCUCCUUGCUAACCGAGACUUUCAGCGGCUAUAAAAUAAAUCUUUAUUCAAAGAUACGAUGUUCCCUGAGUGUCUUCACACAAACACUUCAGGAUCUAUGGAAGCUGAGCUUAGCUAGAGUCCGGGAGCGGUGCACCCUUUUUUCUUCCCCUCCUAGCAAAUCAAAACUUAAUCAUUGCCGUAUUAAAACUGGUUAAAAUGGCGCAGAGUCACUGCUCACCUUGCCUAUUACAGCCAUAGCUUUUCUAAUAAGUACGAACCGUUUAGGGAUUUUAGUUUUGCCUUCAGGCAUGGCAGCCUGGAGAGCGUUUACUUCCUCUAAAUUGGAUGCUGUUUUCUGCCUGUAGCUUUUCAACCGAUCCGGGAGGAAUUAUAGCAAAGGAACUGAAUGCAAACACUCGACCGGUCUUGACACCUGUCUUGUCUGCAAGGGGAUUUCAGAAACCCCCCCAAAUCCUGGGCGCGACUCAGCAAGAGAACCACAACAUCAAGAGAGUUAAUCAAACCUAGAUUCCCUCCAUUAAAUAUUAUUACAGUUAACCCACCCUAUCUUGAUCACGUAGCACCAAGAUUUACCACACUCCGAAUCAUUACUUUUAUUUAAUCCUGUUUAUAUCAAAUGUUUAUUUGUUUAUUGUGAACAGAUGCUUUUCUACUGCUCCAGUCGGCCAGCCGCUAAGCCUCCCCACAGCGGCAACGCAAGACACAAUAAAACGAUACGCGUACAAAUUGUAAUAUUUAAUCAUCACUAACUAUUAAAUCAUCAUAAAACCAUAGCCUCGUAUAUCAUCCGUCGGUAAUUCUAAAAAAGCUCUUUUAGCUGAGGCAUAUAUUAUCCUAGCCUGCAAAGCUACUUCGGCGUUUCUGUCUUACAAAUGUCAUUUUUGCUAUGUAUUAUUUAAGACUUCAAGGAGAAGUUAACUAAGAUAAUCAAACCUAGCCCUGUGUGUGUGUGUGUGUGUGUGUGUCCCUUCUACUCUGUGAGUUUCUUGAACUUCAUCUCAGAUUGCUAUCAUUAAACUACUCACGGAAAAGUAAAUAGGCUUCUGUUUUAGAAACUCCUUAGUUACUGCAAAAGUUUUGUUUGAUUGUCGUUCUCACUGCCUGAUAAGGGGAACACCUAUCAGUGGAACCACAACAAUCUGGAGGCAACAAUCAACGGAGCCACAACACUCUUGAGACAACAGUCUCAAAAUCUAUUUAUCAUGGAAGGUUGCUUUUUCAGAAAGACACCGAAUGAGAUCUAUCUUUGCUUCGUUGUUUUACUAGUAAAAAUAUCUGGGGGAGAAACCCUCAAUUUUUCUGAUUUACCUGCAACGGGCAACGUUGCAGAAAAUUCACCUUCUGGGACCCUGGUGCAUGCUUUUGGAGUCAACUUAACGCCACAUCUGUUGCCAGACAUUUCAAUACCGCCUGAGUAUCCUUUAAUCAUCAAUUCAAAUCCACUCACACAAGCUUUCCGGAUCAACCCCAUAUCUCCACUUCACUAUCAGGUGGUUACCACAGGAGACCCCGUUCUAGAUUAUGAAACCAUGCCCCAUGCCUUUGACCUGCAGAUCCUUGUUGCUGAUUCUGCAGGAGCCAUGGAGCUACAGGUUCUGACCGUCCAAGUGACCGAUGUGAAUGAACCUCCGGUGUUUCAAGGCAACUUGGCAAAUCAAACCGUCGUCAUCUACAUCUUGGAAAGGACACCACCCGGAGUUAUUUAUCAAGUUUACGCAGGGGAUCCGGAAAUGACAUCGCCUAGAAGAGUUGAGUUUUCCCUCAGUCCAGAUUCCACAUUCUUUUCCAUUUCUCCAACUGGGACCAUUUCUACUUUGAAGGAAUUUGAUUUUGAGAAAGAUCUACCGAGCUACACAUUAAAUGUUACCAUAACAGAUGACCUUGGGGUUAGCAUUAGGAGGAUCCUGAUGGUCAAUAUCAUAAAUGAGAAUGAUGAAUUUCCUUACUUCACCACGAAAGAGAAAGUUUUCAAGAUUCGUGAAGAAGCGGCACCGGGAACAUUUGUCGCUAAUAUAACAGCUAAGGAUCCCGAUGGCGAACAUUUUAUUCUUAGCCUUCGCUAUAGCAUGGGGGUUCCUGAAGGGAUCCCUAAAUUCUACAUCAACCCGAUGACAGGUAUGGUCUUGGUGUCUGCUCGGCUAGAUCGUGAUGCUUCCCCCCUCAGAACCCAUCCUAAUAUUUCUUUGACCAUCCGUGUUGAGGAUAGCCCUACCCAUGAGAGGACUGCUGAAAUGGAGAUUUUCGUAUUUGUCGAAGAUAUCAAUGACCUUCCACCCAAAUGCAGAGGAUACAAUCCCAGGGUGGUAAUUCCUGAAACGGCUUCCCCUGGAUUUGAAAUGAUCACUUUGAAGAAUUUUUGCAAAGAUGAAGAUGCUGAAUCGCCACACAAUUUGUUUAACUUCACUGAACUAUCUGGAGUUGGAAGUAAUAAAUUUACCCAGGAUCCUCCCCACUCCGGAAGAAUUAAGCUUAUAGGAAAUGUAGACUUGGAAAAUACAACAGAUGGAAGUGUGCAGAGACAAUAUAUUCUGAAUAUUGUCAUCCAGGAUGUUUCUGAGCCUUACUUUGCUGAACUAAUCUACAUUUACAUCAAAAUUCAGCCGGAAAAUGAGUUUGAUCCAGUCUUCAAUAGCUCUUUGUAUAUUUUUAAUGUCUCUGAAAUGACGUCACCAAAUUCCCCUAUAGGAGCAAUUCUAGCCACUGACAAGGAUUUGCCUCCUACUGGGAUUUCUUACUCCAUUUUGUCCGGGGAGAGUGGCGGGGGUGUCACAGACUUAUUCGUCAUCGAUCCCCAGUUGGGCAUUUUGAAGAACACAAAGAGAUUAGACUAUGAAGCAGAGCGAGUGCACACUCUCAAAGUGGAAGCUUCUGACAACGAUGGCGGUAUUGGAACUUCCUCCGUGAUAAUAAAUGUUCUUGAAGCAAAUGAUGAACCACCAAUAUGCACACCUGAUGGACAGUUGCUGGAAGUGCCAGUGGAUCUAAGCUUGGGCAUUAUUAAUAGUUUCAGCAUUACCUGCGUGGAUCGGGAUUCAAGUCCGAACUCAUUCCGAUACACUAUCACGUCAGGUAACGUGAAUAACCAUUUUGACUUCUCACCAAAGGCUGGUUCCAAUAUCUCGAGGUUAGUCCUGAUCAACCCAUUUGAUUAUAAGUCAGGAAUGGACACAGUUUGGGAAUAUCGGCUGUUGGUUUCAAUAACAGAUGAUAAUCUGUUAACAAGUUCUGAAAGAACGUCAGUCCAUGUUCAAAACAGCACAGUCAAAUUAACCGUUCGAGUUAUUCCAGAUCCAACUACUGUGAUUCCGACAACCCCUGGUGUUACCAUUGUGACCAGCAAAGAAAACGUGUAUGCUGUGUCGGCUUGGUAUGUGCCAUUCUUCAUACUCCUUGGCAGUUUAUUGUUGCUCGGAUUGCUUGGAUAUCUAACCGUUUUGCUGGCAAAAUACCUCCGUUCCUGUUGCCCACCAAGACCCAAAGCGGACACAAAACCACUGUUGCACAUGCCAGAAAAGAAGAAAGCAAAGAAAGAAGUGAUAUGGGAAAUGACCAACUUAAAUCCUGUCUUUGAUGGGGAAGCCAUAGACCCAGUCACCGGCAAACUGUAUGAAUACAACUCAAAAUCUGGGGCACGAAGAUGGAAAGACACCAAUGUGCUUUCCAAGGCUGAAGGGAAGGACUCCGUUGUGCAAAUAACAACUCCCCCUGAGAGCGGAGAAGGCAAUCUGUCUAAAGCAGAGGCUACCACUACUAGUGGCGGGGAAGGGAAUCUCAAACAGAAGCCGAGAUCUCCAAAAAGUGGUGAAAAGGAUCUACCCAAAGCAGAGGCUGAAUCUGGGGGUAGUCAAGGAGAUCUUAAGCAGAAGACACCUCCAAGGAAUGGUCAGACGGCAAAUGGCAACCUAAAAUUGCAGAAGGGAAAGGAAGAGCCUCUGAGCAACCAAUCACCUUCCUCCACUCCCCCACGCAAGUCUCCCAUCCCCUCUCCCAAAAUAUAUCCAAAAUACCAAAAUCAGUCUUAAAAACAAGGAACGGGCUUAAUAUGUCUUUAACCCAGAGAAUAGAAUGGAAUGGAAUGGAAUGGAAUGGAAUGGAAUAGAAUAGAAUAGAAUAGAAUAGAAUAGAAUAGAAUAGAGCUGGAAGGGACCUUGGAGGUCAUCUAGUCCAACCCCCUGC